AUGUCGACAGCAGCACCGACGACACUGCCUCGCACGCCCUCGCGCCGCCAGCAACCUCCGCCGCCAGCCUACAGCAACGGAGCGCAGCAGCAGGACCGACUACACCGCGCUCAGAGCACCACCACCCGCCCCGUCGCACCUUCCUCCCCACGCCGAUCAGCCUCGACCUCGCAAACAUCAUCGUCCGCCCCCACACAUACCAGAGCAGAAUCGAUGAGGCAGUCUUCGGGUCACGCGCGCACCCAAUCGCGAUAUGCCGACCAACCAACCCCCGCCCCCAGCUCCGAUGGCGGCCCACCUUCAAUCGCGACAGAGCAGAGUCGCUCCACAACCCAGACCACCACCACCAACUCCAACUUGCGAAGACGGACGACCAUCGAUGCAACGACGGGCCAUUGGGACCUGGGCAAGACCAUCGGAGCAGGCAGCAUGGGCAAGGUGAAGCUGGCGCGAAAUAAAGCGACCGGCGAGCAAGUGGCGGUCAAGAUCGUCCCCCGAGGCAGCACAGACGGCGAACACCACAGCCAAGCCGAGCGCGACCGCGCCGACCGAUCGAAAGAGGUGCGCACAGCUCGCGAGGCAGCCAUCGUCACUCUAGUCGACCACCCCUAUAUCUGCGGCAUGCGCGAUGUGUUACGCACCAACUACCACUGGUACAUGCUAUUUGAAUAUGUGAAUGGCGGGCAGAUGCUGGAUUACAUCAUCUCCCAUGGCCGACUGAAGGAGAAGCAAGCGAGGAAGUUUGGACGUCAGAUCGCGAGUGCGUUGGAUUACUGUCACCGCAACAGUAUCGUGCAUCGUGAUCUCAAGAUCGAAAACAUCCUAAUUUCCAAGAACGGCGACAUCAAGAUCAUCGAUUUCGGCUUGUCGAAUCUAUUUUCUCCGCGCUCCCAUCUGAAGACCUUUUGCGGCUCGCUGUAUUUUGCCGCGCCGGAAUUGCUUCAGGCGAAACAGUACACCGGUCCCGAAGUGGACGUCUGGAGUUUCGGCAUCGUGCUGUACGUUCUGGUGUGUGGUAAGGUGCCUUUUGACGACCAGUCGAUGCCGCAGCUGCACGCCAAGAUCAAAAGGGGCAAUGUCGAGUACCCGCCUUGGUUGACCCCUGAGUGCCGGGGUCUGAUUGCCAGGAUGCUGAAUACGAACCCCCAGGAGCGAGCGACGUUGCAGGAGAUCAUGAGUCAUCCGUGGAUGGUCAAGGGGUUUAAUGGGCCUCCGGAUAACUUCCUGCCGGUGAGGAAGCCGAUCCAGUUGCCUUUGGAUCACGCGGUGAUUGACAAGAUGACUGGAUUUGAUUUUGGUUCUGCGGAGUAUAUUUCGGAUGAGCUGCAUAAAUUGAUCGCUUCGGAGGACUAUCAACGGGCGGUGCGGAUGCAGGAGAGACGGAAUGCACAGCAGAUACCGGACCAGGAACGCAAGCGAGGUGUCUUUGACUUUUACAAGCGGCGCAACUCGACUACAAGCAGAGACACGCUCAACACGCCAUCUAUGGAGGCUGUGCAGCUUGGUAAUGAUCCGAUCAAUGCUUUCCAUCCUCUGAUCUCGGUAUACUACCUCGCCCUGGAGAAGCAGGAACGAGAAGCCCGAGAGAACAACCCUGGCGCACUGGCCAUACCACAAAGUCCGGGCGAGAAGCCACUCGCAUUGCCAGAUCUGCCGGCGCCACCCGCAGCAUACACGAACGCAGCAUCAUACGAGAUGCCAGGUGAGAAGCCGACGGGCGGCCGAACACGCCCACGCGCCCGCACACAAGGCGAAGAUGAUAUUCAAGACGCCAUGCAGAAUCUCAACGUCAAUACCGCACCCUCACCGACGAACCCGGCUAUCGUGGAGCCCAACACCGACCAACAAGCACCACAGCCUGCAAGAAAGGAGAGCGCAGCCACCAGUCUCCUGCGUAGACUUAGUACGAGACGGUCGAAGGAACCGGCUACCGAUCGACCAUCACGGGGAGAUAGGUCGCAUCCGCCUCCUUCAUUGGCUGUGUUCGCUCCGUCUGACACGCCGAGGAAGAGUUUCAGCGUGCGUAGAACGCGUGAUAGGGAUCCCACACCUACUGGCUAUCGAUCGGAGAAGGAGAAGGCGGAGAAGGCAGAGAAGCCCGUGGAGCCUGCUGGACAGGCCGCGGGAUCACUUCUCACUCCGCCUAUGACUGGGGAUGGUGCUAGCGAGAAGUCUUCACGAAUACAUGGGCUGGGCCGAUCUAUCAGUGUGAACUCUAGCGAUGUGCGACGACGGCUCACUAGACGUGGGGUUUCGGAGGGCACUUCCAUGCGACCACCCAUGACUUCCUCCAGCAGCCACGACAGCCGCGACACACCUAAGACACAACCUGGGGCAAGUCGCGAUGCUGCUUCCGAUGCCGAGACGCCUAAUCCACCUAUGGCAGGCGCCGGCAUGGGCAGCAUAGCCUCCCGCACCAAAUCCCUCGGUCACGGCAGAAGAGAGAGCAUGCAAGCCCGCCGCACACUUCGCCGUGGAGACACAGGACGAACUGCCGAUGUCCCCGAGGAAACGGAUCGAGAUAUCCUAGAACAGCAGGAGGAUCUCGAGGGGGGUGGGAACGCGGGGAGUAAUAGCCCGACGGGCUUCAAACCCGUGUACUUGAAGGGCGUCUUCAGCGUGAGUACCACGAGCAGUAAACCCAUUCAUUUCAUCCGAGCGGAUAUUAUCAGAGUUCUUUCGAGAUUGGGAGUCGAGUUUUCGGAGAUCAAGGGCGGGUUUAGGUGUAGACAUGCGCCUUCGAUCAAACCUGGUGCUGGUGGUGGAGCGGGAGGAGGGGGAAAUGAGGAUAGUGCGGUUAUGAGUCCGCCGCCGCCAACUGAUGCCACGAAUCAUCGACGGAAGAUUUCCUUUGGAGGGUUCAACAGACAGAAUAACGCUGAGCGGGAUGCUUUCCGCGCCCAGCAACAGCAGUCCCAGCAACAACCGCCCAACCCCCGAGGCGGCGGCGGCGGCGGCGGCGGCAGCACGAGCAUGAAACCUCCCCAACGUCCCACGGAUCCCACAAGCUACGAAAACACAGAGGAUGAAUCCGACGAGGAGCAGCCCCGACGGCCACGCCCCUAUGACCGAGAUAGAGAUCGGGACAGCAACGCCAACCGCGCCGCGGGCGAGACGAGCACGCACGUCCAGACGGAUCUGGGGAGCAGUAUGGUGUUGAAGUUUGAGAUUUUCGUGGUGAAAGUGCCGUUGAUUGGGUUGCAUGGGGUGCAGUUUAAGAAGUUGGAGGGGGGGACGUGGCAGUAUAAGAAUAUGGCGCAGACGAUUUUGGAUUGUUUGAGGUUGUGA